CCCUUCCUCUUCUUCUUCUUCAAUUAUUAUUUCUACAGUUUCCCAGUCUAUUGGCGAUGCCGUUCGACUUCUUUUGACUCUGGUUACCAUCUUCUCCAUCCUGUACUUGCUCCUAGCUCCCCCGUGGUCGCCGCAAUCAUGCCGCGCGAUACUUACCUGAAGCGCUCCGUCGGCACGCUUUCCAGGCGCAUUGCAGAGUCCCGUGUUCUUCUCGUCGGUGCCGGUGGGAUCGGCUGUGAACUGCUCAAAUGUCUCCUGCUCUCCGGCUUCGGUGAGGUCCACAUCAUCGAUCUCGACACCAUCGACCUCAGCAAUCUCAAUCGCCAAUUCCUCUUUCGUCUCGAACACAUCAAGAAACCAAAAGCUAUCGUUGCGAAAGAAGCGGCGCACAAGUUCCAACCGCGCGCAAAGCUAGAAGCCUACCAUGCGAAUAUCAAGGACGCCCGCUUCAAUGUCGAUUGGUUUGGGGGGUUCGACGCCGUCUUCAAUGCGCUCGACAAUCUAGAAGCGCGCCGUCAUGUCAACCGGAUGUGCUUAGCGGCCGAUGUGCCUUUGAUUGAGAGUGGAACAACGGGGUUUAACGGACAGGUUCAGGUCAUCAAAAAGGGCCAGACAGAGUGCUACGAUUGCAAUUCCAAAGAGGUCCCGAAAUCCUUCCCGGUCUGUACGAUCCGCAGCACGCCGAGCCAGCCAAUCCACUGCAUUGUCUGGGCGAAAAGCUACAUCUUUCCGGAGCUUUUCGGGACCAGCGAGGAGGAGACGGAGGAGUUUGAUCAUUCAGAGGAUGCCGAGAAUAAGGAAGAGAUUGAAACCCUCCGCCAGGAAGCGCUGGCUCUGAAGGAAAUUCGUCAGUCCAUCGGUACUUCGGAAUUUGCUGGAAAGGUUUUCGACAAGAUCUUCAAGGAAGACAUCAAUCGCCUUCGGGGCAUGGAAGACAUGUGGAAAACCCGCAAGGCCCCGGAGCCGUUGGACAUGGCGGCCUUGGAACAGGAGUCUUCCUCCAUCGACCCGGCAAUCUCCCAAACGGACCAGAGGGAGUGGACGUUGGCCGAGGAUUUUGUUGUUUUCCGAGACAGCUUGGACCGACUCAGUAAACGAUUGAAGAGUCUCCAGGCGGCCCCUACCGGAGAUGUGAAGCCUAUACUGGUCUUCGACAAGGAUGAUGUUGAUACGCUGGACUUCGUGACCGCUUGUGCCAACCUGCGAGCCACCGUCUUCGGGAUCGACCCCAAGUCAAAGUUCGAUACAAAGCAAAUGGCUGGCAAUAUCAUCCCAGCGAUCGCGACUACCAAUGCAAUGACCGCCGGGCUCUGUGUUCUACAGGCUAUGAAGGUCCUCAGAGGGGAGUAUGACAAUGCGAAAAUGGUAUUCCUCGAACGUUCUGGCGCCCGCGCGAUCAACUCCGACUCUCUAAAACCUCCGAAUCCAAACUGCCCGGUCUGUUCGGUUGCCCAGGGCCGAUUAAGAAUUGAUCCCCAGCGCGCCACCGUCCAGGACCUGGUGGACGAUAUCCUGCGUCUACAGCUUGGGUACGGUGAAGAAUUCUCGAUCAAUAACCAAUUGGGCACGUUUUACGACCCUGAUCUGGAGGACAAUUUGCCCAAGAAGCUGUCCGAUCUGGGUGUCGAAAAUGACGGUUUCAUCACGGUCAUUGAUGACGAUGAUGAUCAGCCGCGUGUGAACCUGGAGCUUGUCGUCCACGUGGCCGAGAAAAACGAAUCUUCAUCGGAAGAGCAAAAGCCCAUCACCCUCGAAAAGAUCCCCGAAAUCCCGCGGAAACCCAAGACACAGUCGGAGCCCGCCCCCGAAGUCAGCGAGCAUACCAACGGCACCUCCGGCCCCGGGAAACGGAAGCGCGACCUGGAAGAAGCAGGGCUCGCGAACGGAGACGAUCGCGCCAAACGCCUUGCCAACGCGUCCGUAGCCGACGGCGACGGCGCGAACCCCAUCGUUCUAGACGAAGCACCAGGGGGAGCGAUUCUCAUUGAUGAUUGAACGGGAUUGUGGAGAGGAGUUGAAUCGGAGUACACAGGCAUAUUCAUUUUCAUUUAAGGUUCUGUUUCUAUGGUCGUCACCCAAUCUUGCAUGUCUCUUUUUUUUUCUUUUUGUUGUCAACCCCAUCUUCUAAAAUUUUCCCUUCGUCUGUAUCAUACAUAUUACGGUCUCUGGAAUAGAACAAGUGACGGCCGG